AUGGUUUUCGGCUUAGGACACAAAAACUCAUCUGACUCAUCUUCCAGCUCCUCCAGCGAUGAAGAGCACCAAAAGAUCUCUCAAGAUCAAAAAUUGAAAGAUACUAAAAAGAAGGAGUCGAAAACAACUCAAUCAGCACGGAGCGAUCCCUACGUCUCUGGUGGCGGUGAUUUGGGGCCUAACACUGACACCUACGGGCGGGAUUCAUAUGGUGGUGCCGGUGACGGUGGGCGUAACAACUUCGACUCCGACUCCUACGGUCGUAACUCCCACAACUCCGGCAACACCUCGCACAGCGGAGGCUCUUACGAGGCUGGCACGGGGGCAGACACCGGUGGCCGUGACAACCCCCCACACGGGGCGUAUUGA